GCGCCUCAGCCCCGGGGAAUGCAGUGGCCCCCGGCCCCUGGAGCCUCUCCGUGUCUGCGCUGGGCCUCCUCGCUCACCUGCUCCGCGGCCACGACGCUCCUGAGCCGCGCCGGCCGGGCCCCCCUCAUGGCGGCCAAGUGGUUCAAGGAGUUCCCCCUGAACCUGAAGACCGUGUCGGAGCGGGCCAAGCCCGGCGGCGGUGGAAGCGGCAAACUGCGCAAGAACUCAGAGGCGGGCGGUGCGGUUCCCACCCCGGGCAAGGGCCGCAAGAACUCGGUGGCCGAGCUAGGGGGUGGCAGGGCCGGCAUCGCCCCCACCAAGGACAGCCGGCUGUCUCGCGACAGCCUGCAGGGACUCAUUCAGGCCGCCGCGGGCAAGAGCCGCAAGAACUCCAGGGCCACUGAAGAGGAGCCCCACCGGGCCGCGGCCAAGAGCUCAGGCUGCAGCACCUACAUCAACAGGCUCAUCAAGGUGGACACUCAGGAGAAGAAUGGGAAGAGCAGCUACCCUAGCAGCAGUAGCAGCAGCAGCAGCAGCAGCAGCAGUAGCAGCAGCUCUUCCUCCGCGUCCUCUUCCCCUUCCUCCCUGGGGCCAGAACUGGACAAGGGCAAGAUUAUUAAGCAGCAGGACACGGUCAUCAUUUUAGAAGACUAUGCUGACCCGUAUGAUGCCAAACGGACAAAAGGUCAAAGGGAUGCAGAGAGAGUAGGAGAGAAUGAUGGCUACAUGGAACCCUAUGAUGCACAGCAAAUGAUAACAGAAAUUAGACGCCGAGGUUCCAAAGAUCCCCUGGUGAAGGCCCUGCAGCUGCUCGACAGCCCCGGGGAGCCGGGGGAGCCAGGCGCGAAGCCCGAGGCGCCGGCCCGGAGGCGCAGCUCCAAGGACCUGCUGGGGAAGCCGCCGCAGCUGUACGACACGCCCUACGAGCCGGCCGACGCGGGCCCCGAGCGCAAGGCGCGGCCCCCCGACGCCCACGGUCGGCUGCCGCAGGACGACGAGAGGCCGGCGGCCGAGUACGAGCAGCCCUGGGAAUGGAAGAAGGAGCAGAUCGUGCGGGCGCUGUCAGUUCAGUUUGAAGGCUCUGAGAGACCUUCCGUGAAGGAGGAAACAGUGAGGCAACACCACCGACAGAAGAGCUGGACCCAGAAGAUCUUGAAGCCAGCCCUCUCUGACCACAGUGAGGGGGAAAGAGUGGACCCAGCCCUGCCACUGGAGAAGCAGCCUUGGUAUCAUGGUGCCAUCACCCGUGCUGAGGCUGAGAGUCGACUACAAUCCUGCAAAGAAGCGGGUUACCUGGUUCGAAAUAGCGAGUCAGGGACCAGUAGGUACUCCAUUGCACUAAAGACUAGUCAAGGAUGUGUCCACAUCAUAGUGGCUCAGACCAAAGACAACAAGUACACACUGAACCAAACAAGUGCAGUCUUUGACAGCAUCCCCGAAGUGGUACACUAUUAUUCCAAUGAGAAGUUGCCUUUCAAGGGGGCAGAACACAUGACUUUACUCUACCCUGUGCACAACAAGCUGCACUAAAGUUCAGCCACCAAAAGCCCUGGCUGCGCCUCU